AGCCACCCUGCUGUUAUCAACGAUGCUCCCGUUGUCACUCCAGCCCCAGAGGUCACAGAGACCUACCCUCCGAUUACGUAUCCACCUGAGACCCCCGCUACAGAGCCCCCAACGCUGGUUGCUUCUGAUGCUGCUCAACAUCAACUGGGACUUCAAGCAUUACUUACAGUCGCGACACAGUAUCCUCUGACAACCACAUGUGUAAUGUAUAUGGCUGUGCCAGCUUCGUCUUGCGUUUGCCUGCCACAAUACGACCAAUGUGCUCAGAAUAUUUGCUGUCUGAAGGCGAAAUUCCGCAGUCAUAAGGUGAGCUGUCCCAUUUCACUCUUUCACCAUAAGAGCCAUUGCUCACAUGGAUUUCUCCCCUCCAGGCGCGUCGCUACCUCAUCAGAACCAACAGAAAUCCAAGCAACGGUCGACAUGCUCAUGAAUAUCUUGAAGAAAAUCAAGACAAAGCUCAACGACUAA